GAGCCUGCGCGAUGCGCGAAAACCAAUUUUAACACUCGCGCAUUCGGUUUUAAAACCAGCGUUCCUAAUUCGAACUUUGAAAUUGUUAUAAUAAACAGUAUCCCCGGGCUUUAUUUUUUUUAUUUCGUGGGACUAAAAAUGUUGUGCCAGUGACUGAGGAAUAAGUGUUAUUUGACACUUUUAAAGUGCUGUGAAGUGCGGUGAAACUAUUUUUGUUUUCUCAAAUUUAAAUUGUUUGGUCGUUAACAUCGUCUCUUUACAGAAGUCUAAGACAAAGUGACAGUGAAGUGAUACGAACGAACCCAUGUGAUGUAAGUGAUAUAGUGGUUAGGUAAUUAUGUGAAAAGGGACAGCAGUGAUGUGGCUCCCGGCGGCGCUGUGUUUGUUCAGCCAAUUGGGUCUGUCAGCUGGCGGCGUUGACAGCACAGACCCGGACAGCAUCUUCGCGGUCAGCAAUGGCACCGCUGAGACUGUCGUUCAACCGCACUUCGACAACACCACGAAACGGGAGUACACCGCCGCUGUGGGCCAGCCAGCGUACUUACACUGUCGAGUCAAGAAUCUUGGAGACAGAUCUGUGUCAUGGAUCCGCAAACGUGACUUGCACAUUUUAACCGUCGGUGUCCACACAUACAGCAGUGAUGCCCGUUUCGCAGCUUUACACACAGAUGGCUCUGAUGAAUGGACCCUCAGGGUUGCCCACGCACAACCGAGAGACUCCGGGGCUUACGAGUGCCAAGUCUCCACUGAACCAAAGAUCAGCCUAUCGUUCUGGCUCACAGUUGUCGUAUCAAAGGCUGAGAUCCUGUCUGGGCCGGAGCUGUUUGUUCGAGCGGGAUCGGACAUCAACCUGACGUGUAUUGCGCGCCACGCACCAGAUCCGCCUAGUUUCAUAUACUGGUACCGUGGUUCGAACGUGGUGAACUACGCACAGCGGGGGGGCAUUAGUGUCGAAACGGAACAAAGGACUCGCACCAGUCGGCUUCUGAUAGCACGCGCUUCGCCUCGUGACUCCGGAAAUUAUACGUGUGCCCCUAGCAGCUCUGAUUCAGCAUCGGUGGUCGUUCACGUAGUAAGCGGAGAGCGGCCAGCAGCCAUGCAGAGUGCUGCAACUAACACUACCCCUACCUUACUUUACACCAUUUUAAUCUUAAUUAAUCUUAAUAUUCAUAGACACUCAUUAAAACAACUAAUCCUGCAAAUGAUCACUAUUCCAUUUAAUUGCAUGGCCAACGAUUUCAAAUUCCGAUUUCGAAACGAUCUAACUCUGGUUUCUAGAUGAUAUAAUCAUUUUUAGACGAGCAUCAAAUGCUGAUAACUAUGUUUAGUAUGAACGAUAAGAAAACGAAUUAUUAUUAAUAACUCAUCCCGUUUCUGUUCUUACCACUUAUGUAUAAUCAGAUUGAGGUGUAAAUAAUUAUAAUAAUAGCAGAAUUUUAUGUUCUAGCAUUGUAAGUUUUAUGGCAUAUUAAAAGCGAUGUAACGAUGCCGUGAAAAGGCGCUAUAAAUUUCUCGGGUUCGUUAAUUUCACCUUUACAUGUAAAUAAAUGUAAGCUGAUUUGCAGAAUUAAUUAUUCUGAGAAGUUUAAUUAAUUUGUAAAUAAAAUGUAUAUUUAGCUGAAGUGAUUGAACGAUAAAAACGUACCUCCCUGUCGUCUCAAGGUUGUGUUAUAACUGAUCUCAAAGUAUGUACGAUAGCUAUUUGUAAGAAAAAUAGAUGUAAUGUUAUUUUACUAGGAAUUGAUUGGAAUCAUGACUCGUCUGGCAUUAGGAAUUCUGUGUAUGUACAAUUUGUAACAUAAACACUUAAUAAUUAAUUAGUAUUCUUGCAAAUUUCAGUAUUUGAUUCUUGUUUGUUUUAAAUUUACAAAAUAAACUUGUGUAUUGUUGUUGCGGCCCAAUUUCGUUGUUGCUAAUUCAGUGAGCAAAUUAUGUACAUAAAUAAUUUGUUUGAAUUAAAUCAAUUUGCUCUGUUUGCUGUUAAUGUUUGAAAUAACUGUCAAACAUAUGCGGUUUUAUGGAUAUUGUUUAUAAAUAACGCAUGCUUCCUAAUUAAUUGUCAGUGAAAAUUUAAUUCUCCGCUAGUAGUUAAUGGAGUUAUUAAAACGGUAUUAAAACUUGUGACAUGGUUUUAUUAGCUUGUUUAAAAUGCGGGAAUAUAUCGUAAAUAUACUUUGUGGAAUCUGAAUUAAUAACCAAAUUUCGGGAAUGCAAAAUUUUCAAUUAUGAUACCAAUUAUUUGAUAUGAUAAAUGACAAUUCCCUCUAAUUGAAUAAAAUGUACUUUAAUUUUAGAACUAUAUUGAAAGUAAGAAAAAGAAACAUUGUUAGAGUAUAACAUUAUUUUUAUAAUCAUUAUAUGAAACGCUAAUGUUGAUGAUUCCUUCGCUUUUAAGAAUAUUAAAAUUCAGUUACUUCAAUCUCAUUUUUACAUUUAUUAAAACACUUUAUCUUAUAGAAUAAUAUUUUAACAACGAAGGGCAUUAAUUUAUUCACUUUGAAGCUGUAUAGGAAUUUAUUAAAGGAAAUACAGACAUUAGUUGUCGUUAAGCGCAAAUUAGUUAAUGUAAAUAUAAAGCAUAUUACCAAUUCAGUUUAUCAUAUAAUCUCAAACAUGAUAAAGAGAUCGAAAAUCGCAUUUUUGCCAGAUUUUCCAUUAAUAUCAAUUUGGGAACUUGAUCUUGAUGAAUCGGAUCGGAAUCGAAAGUUAAUUGGCUUUAAGCGCAUAGGGCUUAACUUACGUAAUAAAGUCUCCUACAUAUUCGUAGAACGUAUUAUCAUUGUAUGUAAAUAGUAGAUUUAGUUAUAAUGUGUAUAAAACAAUACUUCUUCUACCUACGAAUUCUGCGUCUGAAUACAAAUAAAACACUAGAAAUCAACUUAGUUUAAACUGUGAAUACUUUUGUAAAUAAAAUGUUUUAAGUGUUA